AUGGCCGAGGGUAACCAGCACGGUAAAAUGACCGCGUACAUGGCUGACGUCGAGAUCGCAGAUGCUGACCCGGAGGCGACUCAGAAAGAGUUGCGAGAAGCAGCCGCGCCAUUCAACAGGUUGAGCGCGGAUGUUAUUCUACGCUCCUCCGACAGAGUGAAUUUCCGUGUCUGGAAGAAUAUACUUGCAGAGGCAUCCCCCUUCUUCCACGAUCUGUUCAGUCUACCCCAGCCCGUGACCGCUGCGUCGGGGAAGCAGCAGGACGAAGACGAUUCAGUGUCGGUCGUGCCAAUGACAGAAGACAGUGUUGUCCUAGACAAGCUGCUUCGCUUCUGUUAUCCCAUCCGCGACCCUGAGUUCGCGAGUUUGGACGAGUUGCGACCAGUCAUAGAUGCCGCCAAAAAGUACCUCAUGGACGAGGCACUGCAGCUUCUCAGAACACGUCUGCUUGCAUUCGCGAGCGUGUCGCCUAUUUCCACAUAUGCCGUCGCUAUACGCUACGGGCUAGAAGAAGAAGCUCGUCACGCAGCAAAAUGCUUCCUCGGACAUGCUUGGGAAUGGGACAAAAUCUAUGUUCCAGAACUCGAAGAUAUCAGUGCAGGGGCAUACCAUCGGCUUCUCGAGUACCAUAGACGAUGCGGCGAGCUUGCGACUGGUCUCGUCAAGAUAUUCAGGUGGAUUGACUCUGCGAAUGCUUGGGUGUUUCUCGAAUGCUCCAACUGCGCAGGCGACCAGCAGCAAUGGUAUAUGCUAGGUGAUGUCCUACGGACUCCCAGGACUUGGUGGAUGCAGCAUAUGGAACGUUCUGGCAAGCUUUUGGAGAACAGGCCAAGCGCAGAAACAAUAAGAUCCACUGGUUGGACAGAUCAAGCAGUAUUGGAUGCUAUGAACUGCGCGGUAUGCAAGCAGAAGGUGGUGGAGCACAUGCGACGAUUCAAUGAGAAAUUUGCGGCCGAGUUGGACAGAGUUGUCUCUGAGGUCAAGUUGGAAAUCAGGAUGUAG